CAUAUUAAGGCCUCGAGCAUCCCUCCCCUCGCCGUGAUCUCGCCGCUCUCUUCUGACCCUUCCUCCUCUAUUCCCUCCUCCUCCUCCUCCUCUUCUGCCAGCUCUCUGCUAAUACUGCUGCUGCUGCUCCUCUUCUGUUCCUGUUCUUCGACACAACCCUUUCACAGUGGAACCUGCUGUUGUCUUUACCGAACCCUUCUCUCUAGGUGUAUCUCUCACACGUCGAGUGCUUCCCAUACACACCCUACCCUCUUCUCUCUCUCGACCUCUCUCGGGUUGUUCGACGCACCUACAUUUCUACCGGUCCUCCUACGACGUUCCAAUCAACUUUGGCCUACGAAGCCAAAUAUACCCGUGUGUUGAGAGGGAGCGCUGUAGCUGUCCUGUCAUUUGACUGCAAACGCGCCCGCGGCUCACCAGAACCGCAUACUGCCCUUUUUCGAACCGCCGUCCAACUCAAUUGGCCAAUCGCCCUCCUCCCCCCACCGCCCACCACACACCAUGGCCGGCGUCACCGUGCUCGGCGAGCUUCCGUCCGCCUCGCUCUUCACCUUCCCGCCCAAUGGCGCCCACAUGGCCAUUCCCCCGCCUCUGCCCGGCUCCAUCGCCGCCGCGCCCCCGGUCGAGAUCCCCGACCACAUCUUCACCGCCGCCCUCGACCCCAUGGUGCCCAUCACCAUUGCCACCCUCUACGCCGUCACCGUCAAGCUGUUGAACAAGUACAACAAGUCGACCAAGAACAAGCCGUGGGGCAUCAGCAAGACAAGGCCCUUCUUCGCCUUCGUUGUUCUGCACAAUGUCUUCCUCGCCGUCUACUCGGCCUGGACCUUUUGGGGCAUGCUGGGUGGCAUGCGGAGGAGCGUCGUGAGCCCCUUCGGCCCCAACGGCCUGGCCGCCACCGCCGACAGCUUCUGCCAGCUGAACGGAAACGGCGGCUUCGGUGCUGCCACUGUCUACAACGAGACCGUCGGCUACUGGUCGAGCCUGACCGGCAACAACGCCCUCGGCUUCGACGGCCGCCCAAGCCGCACCGUCACUGGCAGGAUCUGGAACGAGGGUCUCGCCUUCUACGGCUGGAUCUUCUACCUGAGCAAGUUCUACGAGGUCCUCGACACCUUCAUCAUUCUCGCCAAGGGCAAGCUCAGCUCCACCCUGCAGACCUACCACCACGCCGGCGCCAUGAUGUGCAUGUGGGCCGGCAUGCGCUACAUGUCCGCCCCCAUCUGGAUGUUCGUCCUGGUCAACUCCUUCAUCCACGCCAUGAUGUACACAUACUACACCAUCACCGCUUUCAACAUCCGCGUUCCCAUGGCCAUCAAGCGAACCCUCACCACCCUCCAGAUCACCCAGUUCCUCGUCGGAGCCACCUAUGCCAUGGCCCACUCUUUCGUCUCGUACACGGUCCCCGUGACCGUCUACACCCUCAACAAGGGCGGCGCCGAUGCCAUCACCAAGACUGCCACCGGCACCGCCGCUGAGGCAGCCGCCACGGCCACCGCCGGUGCCUUUGAGACCCUCAAGAACAUGGUCUUUGGCGCUUCCUCUCAGGUCGCCGAGGAUGCCGCUGCCGCUACCGCCUCGGUCGCCGCCGCGGUGCCCCAGGAUGGCUUCGUCUCCGAGACCAUCUUCGUCACUCAGCCCUGCGUCACGACCAGCGGAGAGACCUUUGCCAUCUGGCUCAACGUCCUCUACCUUGCGCCCCUGACCUACCUGUUCGUCAUGUUCUUCAUCCGCAGCUACAUCCGCCGCAGCAGUGCCGAGUCCUCCAAGGGCAAGGGCAAGGCUCGCCGCGAGAGCAACGUCACCUUGGCCGAGAAGGCCGGCUGGGAUGCCGCUCGCGAGGUCAACCGCGAGAUCUACAACGGCUCCGCCUCGUACAAUGUCGAAGGCAGCCCCAAGCGCGCCGCCAACGGCAAGGCCAAGCACUGAAUGCUUCGCGUCCGAGGCUGGACAUGGAUGAAGUGACGGAGGUAAUGGAAAAUGGAAUACGAUCGAAAGGGAAGCCUGGAAGGGGGAGGGGCUCCUCUGGGAGGCGGCAUGGUUUUGUUUCAAACGGCGUUCUGAGCUGGGAAAAAACAUUGGGGGGUAAAGCAUUUGCAUCACCCGGGGCGCUCGUUAACUUGUCGAAACUGUCUGGCGUCUUGCAUUGCACGCGCAAAGUACAUGGACAAGCCGGGCGUGGGCCGGUACAAGUACAUAUAUAUAAGGUUAUUGACAUGAGGUUUACUUGACGAUUUGG